AUGGCGCCGGCAUCUUCUGCAAAGGCUCAAAGCAUCAAUGAAGUAUGGCAGAAGAAGGUUCAGCAGAGAAAGUUGAAGAAAAUAAGGAACAAGAAGAAGAAGAAGCAACAAGAAUCAGGCCUGACAACUCCUUCGAAGACCCAUCGUGAACUUGCAGGCGAUCACAACACGAAGAGAGAUCAGGAGGAAGAUAUAUGUUCAAGUGGAUGUAGUACUCCGAAGGCUGAAAGGUUCAAAAUACCAGAGAUACUAUCAUGUCCACCUGCUCCGAAGAAGACAAGGGUAAUCCAAAACUACUCAUCCAUUAGAUCUCCAAUAGCGUUUUUCUCUUCCCCAGAUAUAGAGUUAUUCUUUUCCUCUCUCAGAAAUGUAUCAGCUUGA